AUCAAUAUAUAUAUAAAGGCAAGUCUUCUCAAAAAAUCACAAUUGGGAAUUAGGGUUUGCAUCCGAAAAUUCAUAUAAAAAUAAAUUAAAGAAAAAGAAGAGGAAGAUGAUCGAGGUGGUGUUGAACGAUCGAUUGGGAAAGAAGGUGCGCGUGAAGUGCAACGACGAUGACACGAUCGGAGACCUGAAGAAGCUCGUGGCAGCUCAGACGGGUACACGCGCCGAUAAGAUAAGGAUCCAGAAGUGGUACAAUAUAUAUAAGGAUCAUAUCACUCUUAAGGAUUACGAGAUUCAUGAUGGCAUGGGCCUUGAACUCUACUACAACUGAUUAGAUUUCCUUCCUAUCCUCAUUAUGAUUCGUCAUGAUGACGUAAGGCUGUUGAAUUUCGGUUAUGUAUGAAUGAUUAUAAUAAUAAUAAUAAUUGUUGUUAUGUGUUUGAAAAUUGCUGAAUUGUAAGGAUAUUAUUAUGCGUGAUAUGUAAGCAUGUGUUUGGAUUGUA